CCGCGGAGCCAUGGCGUCCUCGUCGCUUUUCCUGCUUGCAGCAAGCCUCGGCCUGCACGGCUGCCAGGCUGGCGAACCUCUCCAACUCCAGCAGCUGCCACGUCAGCAGCCAGCGCCUCUCGCUCCCCUCCCUCGCCUGCUCCAGCACAUCCGCCUCCGCGGCCGGCGGAGCGGUGCGCGUGAGCGCGGUGAAGAAGGGGGGGAGGAAGGGAAGAAGAAGAAGCAGCGAGCGAAGGUCAGGGAGAAGGGCGAGGGCGCGGGGAAGUGGGAGAAGGAGGGGAAGAAGAAAGAGAUCUUAAAGCAGCAAGCCAAGCUUGGUGAGGAGGGCGACCGCGCGGAGAAGAGGCGGAAGGAAAGGGGGGAUGAGGAGGGGGACGAGGGGCAGCGUUCCGGGGUAGAGGAACGCGUCAAGGGGAAAUGCGCGGAGGAGGUUCAUUCGGAGGAGGGUCGUUCGGAAGAGGCAUCUCCAGAGCGUUCCUGGCGCACGGUUUUCUCCUCCGCUUCCCCCGCUGAUUCCUCCCCCAAACCCUCCCUCGGCCUGCUCACCGACCCUGACCCCGUCCCGAACCAAGGCAGCAGGUUCGGCGCCGGCCCCGUUCCGGACCAAAGCGGCAGGCCCGGCGGGUGGUGCGGGCUGUGCGGGGACGGUUCCGGAUGGGUGCAGUGCGGUGCAUGCGACGGGAAGGGCGCGUAUGCCACUGCCCCUGGGGCGCAGAGGAGUGGUUGGAGUGGCAAGAGCAUGCGAAGAGACACCCUGUUAAGGUGCAGAUGGGGAGAGAGGAGUGAGAAACGAGGGGGAAGAGUUACUCGCGCAGAGGAGUGGCUGGAGUGGCUGGAGUGGCAGGAGCAUGCAAUGCGACGCGCAGUUAAGGUGCAGAAGGAGAAAGAAGAGGACUUGAAACUUCGCAGGUCGAACAUCUGCUGUGCACAGCGCAAGGCGUGCUAUGGGUGGGAGGUGAUAUUUGGAGGGUGGACAAGAUGGUCAAGAUGGACAUCAGCAAGCAGACAGGAAUGGAGGAGGAAAGAGCUGCUCCAAGUGUGUUCCAUGUGAGUGGGGCAACUGAAACUUGAGUGGGGCAGCUUUAACUUGAGUGUGGCAGCUGAAUUUUGAGUGGGGCAGCUGAAUGUUGAGUAGGAGAAGAAGGCUUGCUACAGCCAUUGCAAGGAGCUGCAUGGGAGGGAAAAGAAGGGCGGCAGCAGAAGCCAUUGCUGCUGGCUCUGACUGAUACAACCCUCUACUUCCCACAGCAAUCCCACAGCAACGUAGCGUCCAUACUUCCUUCCCCCUCUCCUUCUCGAGCCUCAAACUGUGUACUUGAAAAGAAGGGCCUGUGGGAGGGGAAAGAAGGGCUGCAGCAGACGCCAUUGCUGCUGGCUCUAACUGAUACUAUUACUACCCUCUUCUUCCCACAGCAAUCCCACAGCAACCUAGCAAUCCCUCCUUCCCUCUCCUUCUCGCGCCUCGAAUUCUGUGUACUUGAAAAGAAGGGCCUAUGGGGAGGGAAAAGAAGGGCUGCAGCAGAAGCAAUUGCUGCCGGCUCCGAUACAACCGUCCUAAAGCAAACCCACCGCAACCUAGCGUCGUCUCGACUACUCUUUUCUCACCUGUUGCAUUCCUCCCUUGUUUUCUUUACUCAAAAUUUGGAAGGGAAAUAAGGGCUGGGAGAAAUGGAUGGGGUUGGAAGAGUUAGGUGGUGCGUUGGGUCGGUGGGUCGAGGUUUCUGAUGACUGCCCGAGAGAAAAUAACUCGUGCGGACAGAUACGGGCCUCACACCAUAACCGUCUUUGUAAUGUUUUGUGCCGUUGUUUGCUAUGGGUUUGCGUCUAUGAAAAUGUGUCUUACACGUGCGCAAGUUACAUUGCCUCUUUCUUACGUGCCUAAAAGCAGGUGCUUUAGGACGAAAGUGAUGGGCUCAACGUUGUCGCAGCACGCAGAGUGGCAGUAGUUGGUGCUACUAAUGUGGAACGCUUGCCUCUGCAUGGCAUAGUCCCAUAUUUAGCAGUGCGUAAGUGAGCUGGUUACUGUUUUCCAUGUGUGUUAGUAUUUUGCAGAUGCAACGGCGUUGGUGUAGCAGAUUUUUUUCACCCUCUAUUACUGUAGAGCUCCGCUAUAGUGGUUCGAAGGUCCGCCGUUACUUUGCGUGGCAUUUGAAACAUCCAAAUCCACUGUAGUUGCUGGGGUUGGGUCAGCUCACAUGAGCUCACAUGAGCUCCAUCCAUCUGAACGUAAUGACUUUUGAGUCGACUCAAUAAGUCAGCUCACAUGAGCUCCAUCCAUCUGAACGAAAUAACUUUUGAGUCGACUC